ACAGAUGUCACGUUAACUUGCCAACAAAUCACUUAACUUUUUAAAUGUUAAUGACGUAUAAAUCCAACAAGGAAAACUCCCAUUUUUUUAAUCAGUUAAUACAUUAAAAAAUUAAAAUUACUUAAAUGCCCUCAUCCUCGCCCUCCAACCUUCCUUUCUUCUUUCUCCUGCAUCUCCUCCAAGCUCCAAGCAAACCAACAACUUCGAAAAAUCUAGCAGCUCAAAAAAAAAAAAAAGAGCAAUGGUAAACUCAGAUUUCCAUGGCUUAAUCUCUAUAAAAAAAACAAAAUUUUUAUGUUGAAAGCUUCACUUUUCCUUGGAUCUAUAAAAAAAAUUGUGAACCAAUUUGACAAAAUCUUGUCUCCCUCCACCUCAAACCUUCCCCUCUGCAACAAUCAUUCUCCUUCCUCAGAUCUAUAAAAAACCCAAAAUUUAUAUGUUGAAAACUUCAAUUUUCCAACCAUUCAAGUAAUUAAUGAAAAAUUCAAGAUCCAAAAACAACUUGCUCACGCAGGCAGCCAUGCCCAGCGUCCUUGCGUCCACAUGCUUCAACUCCUCGAACAACAGAUUCUCGUCUAAAUUCACAAACCCAGUUUCUUCACCUCGAACACGAGGGAGUAGCAGUGCCACGAGUGCGUCCCAGUUUCUUCACAAACCCAGUUUCGAGGAAGUAUUAUAUGCAAGAGAACCCAGAUCUGGGUUUUUCUCAAACCUAGAAUCUGCCUUUUCCAGCACCCUUUGCGACCCAAUAUUCUCCACAUCCACCAGCGCCUCAAGCUCCUCAAACCCACCAAACUCUGGGUUUUUCCCAAACCAGAUCUGGCAUUUCAGCAGCCUCGCACCAGAUUCUGGGUAUGUUGUCCUAGGUCGAGAGAGUGAGAUUGAGUUGAGAAAUCCAACUCGUAAACGAUCAAGGAGGAAUUUGGAAAGGGAAGAGAAGUCGAAAGAGAUUGAGAAGGAGAAGCAAUGUUGGGGAAGAGUGAAGAGGAAGGGGAGAAUAAGGAAGAAGAAGGUUAAUUUUGAAAAUGAUUUUAAUUAAUUAAUAAUAAAUGGUUUUUAUUUAUUUGUUUAAAAUUAAAAAUGCCAUGUAAACAAAAUAACGUGCCAUCUCAUCAAUUUUCGUGUGUUAUCUUUUCCACAUCAGCAUGUUUUCAAAAAAUAAAAAGAUUUGCUGGCA